AUGGGUCUUCCGCUUCCUCAACAACUAAGAAUACCAUGCGCCUUCCUAGGUGCGCUGGGUAUCGUCACUUUUGCGCUUCGCUGCUUCAUUAUGCACAUGUGGUACACCGGGACUUUGUUGACAGGCAUUCACUAUGGAACAGGUCAGCGGACCUCGGAGAUAUCUGUAACGGACUCAGUACAUGCUAUGCGUUGUUGGUGGCUAUGCUUCCUAGCAUACGCAUGUUCAAUCACCCUGGCCAAAAUAUCCGCUGGUUUCUUCUUCCUUAGGGCCACAGGCAGCAAGCCAGUUUUCCGUAUCACGACCUACGUUAUCACGAUACUCGCCGCAGUGGUCGGCUUCGGCUUCUUCUUCCUCAGUGUUUUCCAGUGCCUACCAGUCAGCUUUUUCUGGACCCGCUUACAUGGAGAUACUAAUGGCAAAUGCCUGGAUAUCGAAAUCAUGAUAAUAGCCACAUACUUUUACGGAGCUGUCACUGCAGGAACAGACAUAGCUUGGGGCAUCCUGGUCGGAGCACUCAUCUGGAAAUUGCAAAUUGACCGCCGCACAAAGAUUUUGACAGCACCAUUCCUAGGCCUGGCAUGCAUUGCAAGUUACGCUGCCCUUGUGCGAAUGCCCUACGUUGCCAACUUUAGAAAACCAGACUUCCUCUACGCAACUGUCGAAAUCUCCAUGUGGUCCACAAUCGAAGUGGGCGUCUCCAUCUGCGCCGCCAACCUCGCCACCAUCCGUCCCCUAAUCCACCACUUUACCCACAAAGGCGAGUCCUGGGAAUCGCGCCAGAACAGGCCGGGACACGCUGAAUUAGCAACCAUACCAGAUGAUCAGGAACUUGCUACACUGAAAGUACCACCACCAAAGACUGCAGAGAGCUCGAUUUCCUCCACGGAUCCGAAGGGCAGUAAUGGCGAGAGUGGAAUUACGAGGAGCGUGUCGAAUUGGAGUAGGUGGACGAGGAAAGAUAGUGCGGCGAACGUGGAUAUCCAUGUUCCAUGA